AGGUCACCUUUAGACCAUGUGCUUUAUCCCUUUUUGUAAAAAGCUAGAUUAUUGAGUGUCUUUUUUUUAUCAACACAUUAAUUGGCUAUAGCAAAAGAAAACCAUAACAGAAGAAAGCUGAAGUGUAUACAUAGAAGAUGGCAACAGGAGGUCAGUACAACAUUCAAUUUUCCGAUGAACAACGCUACAAUGGCAGCUACCCAAUAGUCAGGCCUAACUCAAAUGGAAAUCAGUACAGAAACUUUUCAGUGCCAUUAAGCCAAGGUCAGUACAACAACCACCCAUUUCCCGGCAUACAACCAUCAAACUCCAGCGGCCACUACCCAAUAGCAUCAACUAGUCCAAGUGAGAAUAAGCCAGUGUAUGAAAACUAUUCAGUACCCCUAGGCCAAGGGCAACAGGUUCCAAACCAAACUACACGAGGUCAAUGGACAAACGAAGGACUACCCAGCCAGGGUAUUCCUGGGACCGAGCCUUUUCUUGUGCAAGACAAUUAUUUGAAGAACAACCAUACAGGAGAGCAUAGCAUGCACAGUGAAGAAUUCCGACUAGAUUCAAACGAACCUGAGGGAAUCGACCAUAAACAACAGCUAAAACCAGGAGACUACGAAGAAAGAGAGGGCCAAACUGACCUGGCUGCUCCACAACAUGAUCAACGGUCAAAAAUUUUUUCCAAAGUGUUGGCUACAAUUGUGGAGCCCAGAGAGAUGAUAAUUAAACACAGAAGUUACCACAAUGAAAUCAGUGGGGAAGAGGCAGAAAAAAGGCUCAGGGUUUUCAGCAAUCACCACUACCUUACUCGCUACAGUGAAAAUAAGAAGUGUUACAUACUUUCUGUGUGCGCCAGUGAUGAAGACUUACAAUUUGAAAAGACAAAGCAUUUUCAACUGAAACUUUCUGAUCAGGGAAUCAAAAUUCAAGAAAAGAAACGAUUUGCAGACUUAGAAGAAAUGCUUAACUAUUACGAAACCAACAGGCUCGACACAGCCUUCCCAAGAAUUGGAGUUUGUCUCACUGAGGAUGACUAUCGAGCAAGAGUAAAAAAGAUACGUGAGCAGCAAGCACAACAAGAACGAGAACAAGAACAACGACAAGAACAAGCACAGCUGCAGCAAAAAGAACAAGGACAGGUGAAGCUACAGCAACAACAAACACAAAUAAUGCAACAGCAGAUGCAACUACUACAAACACUACAACAACAAGUGAAUGCUAAUCCAGCACCACAAGUACAGCCUAAACGCAGAAAAUGCACAAUAUUAUAG